AUGGAAUUUCCCAAAUUCUUCGUCAUCGCACGGGUUGUUGGACGUAACGGGACGUUGCCACUGUGGAAGGAGCGUCUCGUUCACCUGUGUAAUGUCUCCGCCACUGAGCGUUUAGGCGACUCCUAUUAUUGGGGACAAGAUCUCGAUGGCGAACCUGACACCCUUUGGGGACUGGAAGGAUACACUCAUCCUGUCGGCUUUUUUAUUGGACAUGUGUCGACAGAUAUCUUCAAAAGGGAGAUGGCUCAUGUUGAUGCUGACAGACUCCUGCGAACAGAACAAGGGUUGGCAAGCCCUGAUUACGACCUGCACCACUAUGACUGGGUCGGUGGUUGGCUCAAGCGGGCAGAUGAUCCUGCACGGGACGCAAAAACUAGUUUGGUCGCCGUUAUUCACUUCUGGGCUAGCAAUGAAGCUACAAGGGCAGACCUGAUCGCCACACUUUUGGCCGCUGCGAACGACUUUAACCACUGGGUGCAGAGCUUCGGCAUUCUCAAAGAAGUGAGAGAUGAGAGAAUGGUUACGCUGUGGCUCCGGUCGAAAUCCCCUGAGGACUACGAACGCUUGGAGUCCUCAAGCAAGUUUCGUGGUUUAAUGACUAGGGCAAGCGUAAUAUCAACCAAGACUGAGGUCCACCUCUCAAGAGCCUUCGACGGACACCUUGAUUUGUCUUCGGGCUGUGCCUGA